GCUCAAAUUUGGGAGCUUUGUUAUUGUUGUGUUUUCAUCAGAAAAAGUAAUGUUCUCAGUUUAGCAAGAAAAAAUACAGCAACCGAGGCCGUAAAAAGCCGAAAAGAUUGGAGGAUUCCCCAUGAAUCUAGCCGCCUAUGGAGGGGAUCCCACGGGGAACCUUCUGUUCGUAAAUUUUAACCAAGACUGCACGUCUUUAGCAAUCGGCACCAAGUCUGGCUACAAGCUUUACUCGCUAGGAUCCGUGGAAAAGCUGGAAGAGAUCUACGAGUAUGGGGGGACACCAGACAUUUGUAUUGUAGAGCGGUUAUUCUCCAGUAGUUUGGUAGCCAUUGUCAGUUUAUCUGCACCAAGAAAGCUGAAAGUUUGUCAUUUCAAGAAAGGAACAGAAAUAUGCAAUUACAGUUACCCAAACACAAUUCUUGCUGUGCGCCUAAACAGAGUGAGACUUCUUGUGGUCCUAGAGGAAAGCUUAUACAUACACAAUAUCAGAGAUAUGAAGGUUCUUCACACAAUACGAGACACACCUCCUAACCCCUCAGGACUAUGUGCACUCUCUGUCAACUCAGACAACUGCUAUCUGGCAUAUCCUGGCAGUAACCAGAUUGGUGAAGUCCAGAUAUUUGAUGCAGUCAACCUGAGGGCAGUGACCAUGAUCCCUGCUCAUGACUCGCCAGUAGCCUCUAUGGCAUUCAAUCACAUGGGAACAAAGCUUGCUACAGCUUCAGAGAAGGGGACUGUUAUUCGAGUGUUCUCAAUUCCAGAUGGGCAGAAGCUGUAUGAGUUCAGACGAGGCGUCAAAAGAUGUGUUACAAUCAACUCCCUCGCGUUUAGUCAAGACUCGCUGUUCCUGUCAGCAUCAAGCAAUACCGAAACCGUGCACAUUUUCAAACUCGAAAUGCCCAAAGACAAACCACAAGAGGAAUCGCAAGGCUGGAUGGGAUACUUUGGCAAAGCCUUGUCGCCAACCAACUAUCUCCCUUCACAGGUCACGGAAGUAUUCAAUCAAGGUAGAGCCUUCGCCAACGUCCACCUACCAGUCGCAGGUCUAAGGAAUGUCUGCGCAGUUGCCACGAUAGGCAAGUUACCCCGUCUACUGGUGUCUAGCGCCGAUGGCUAUCUCUACAUCUACAACAUCGAUCCUGAAGACGGCGGGGACUGCACCCUUCUCAAGCAACACAGAUUAAUCGGCCACGAGGACGGAGACAACACACAUGAAGAAGAAACGGCUUCAGAAAGCGCCACAAGCAGAAGCAGACAAGGCUCCUCAGCCUCAUCAGGCCAGGCCGCACAAUCUUCCUCGCCCCCAGUGCCUACUGGGAUGGAUUGCUCGCCCCAGGCUGCUAGUGCCUUGACUGGACCACAGGGCUCAUCGCCCCUGAGACUAGAUGACGAAUCGGAGUAUCCCCCGCUUACCGUGCACAACGACUGAGAGAGCCUGCACUCUAGUUCAUAUGGAUUCUUGUUUUAUGAUAAGGAAGAGAAAUAUAUACUUGUUUUACGCG